UUUUUAGCAGAAUAUCUGCUAAAGUUUGAGAUGCCUGGAGCUGCUAUCACUUUGUAAAUAUUAAUUUGACAGUCACAAAAAUAAUCUCUCACUGGCUGUCACUAUGAAGUCUCUUUAUUUUGAAAAGUCAGUCAGGAUAAAUGCGGAGAACACUGAACAAAUCAAAACAUUUCUUUAAGCACUUACAUGAGGUGCUUUCUGUAUCAUUAGCUAUCUGGUGAAGACAGUCCUUGUAGGAGAUGUCCAUACAGUAUUUCUGAUAAGAAAGUAAUUAUAGGAACCUGGGAAUCAGCAGUGAAAUAUUGCAAUGACAGAGAUGUAUUUGCCAUGUGAUUUUCCUUGUGCUUUUUCUUCUCAAGAGUGCAUAAAACAUGUUGUCCUGAGUCCUGUCAGCAAUAACAUUCAAUGCCUGCCUGUUUCUGAACUUCAUUUAAAAUGCUUUGAUUUUUAUAUUUAAAUAUUCAAGCAACUUGAGACCAGGCUAUCUGACAAAUGGUUUUCUCCCAUGUAUAUAUCUGAGAUUCAAAGGUGGUACUCCAAGUAUCCCUGCCAAAUGAAUUCGUGUGACUGGCUACAUAGGAAAUGCUUUUUUUUUAAAAAAUGAUAACACACUCAUUUGGAAAAGCUUCUUCAGAAAGACUGUCUGGGAUUUCCAAUGUUAGAGAGAGUCCUGAAAGAAUGAGUGAAUGUACAUUGUCCUCUUGGCCAUGCCACAGAUGCUGCUGCACAGUGCCCCUGCAAGCUGAAUCUAGUCACAGAAAUGUCAUAGUUAAUCCCAGUUCCAUCUGCAGUGGCUGCUUGCUAGUGCAUCCUUCAUAUGGUAUUAGCUCACUUCUAACCACAAGGUGUUUGUGUCACAGCUACUGUCCCUUUCUCCUUGAUGCAAAACAUAGGGCAGGACAGAAUUUGGAGAGGUCACUUGUUGCUGGUAGUCCUGUGUUGGCAAAAAAAGGAACUGACUGUUAUUAUUACCAAGGAACAAUCAUAAAAGAUUUAGAGGAAGCUGAGCAAAGAUCAUUUCUGGUACAGUUUGCAGUGGGGCAAGACACACCUUCUUUGCAAAAAGCAGCCAGCAGUGAUAUCCUUGAAUGUGUGAAUGGAAUGAGACAUUCUAUUCUGCCUGGUGAUAAAGUGAUGGCCCCCUGGGAACCAGAGCAGAAGAGGUAUGGGCCAGGAACUGUCCUCCAGGGCAUGGAGACCAGAGAUCCUCUGCGAGAAAAAGAAGAUGAAGAAAUUACAGUCAGCUUUUGGAAUGGCAAGAAAGCCAAAGUUCCAUUAGGUCUCGCUUUGUGGAUUUCUCCAGCGCAGUGGAAGAUAAUUGUAGAGAGGAUCCAUUUGCCCUAUACAAGCAGGAAGCAGUUGGAGGGGCAGGUUCACAGGCCUGGCUAUUACAACUGGUCACAUGAAACUAUUCCAACUUGUGCUUUGGGUGAUUUCCAGAGAUGUUGGUGCAGAUGUUGCUGUUUUAUCCAUCCUUGCUUUAGUGGUUUCCAUCACACAUGCUCAUUGCUUGGACACAGGCAAUGUGUCUCCUGCUGUAGCCGCUGCUGCUUUAAAUACAGUGGCUGUUGGACACAGCCCUCUUUAGCAGAAUUAACCUCUGGAGAUUUAAGAAAAAAAUUCACUAGUAAGCCUACAACACCAUUCUUAGCAAUAGAAGCCUCUCCCAAAGUAGAACAUGCUGCUGUGCUAUCCAACUCUUCCUCAUCCUCCUCAGAGUCUCAUUGUGAAAGGGAAAAAAAUAGCACCAAGAGUACAAUGAUAGAUCAAGCAGUGAACACAGAUUCUAGUCUUUUUAAAAACUCCACCUUACAGGAAACCAGAAGACCAGAGUGGAAGUACUGGAAGAGAAGUCAACCCACCUUUGUUUAUAAAAGUCAAGGAGCCAACAUUGUCAGUAGCAGCUGCAGAAAAGAAAGAGCUGACAACAAAGCCAUUUCAUCCACAGAUGGAUUUCCACCAAUUCUGUACAACCACAGUGCUAUAUUUGAAACCAUUGAAGAGUCUCAUCAAAGGCAUCUUUCGAUGAAGAAAAUCUUGAGCCAUGGAAUUACUAGCUCAUCAUGGGGAGGUUAAUUAUGUAUAGAAUUGCUAUCCUCCCUCCUUUCUUUCAGGGGUUCAAGAUGUCACUAAACAAUAGCACUAUUUACAAGAUUCUCUUAGCUAUUUCGUAAGUUCUCGUUGCCAUAUUACUAAACUCCUGAACAGCACCAGAGUUAAGUAAUUUUGAAGAAACUGUUUUUUUAAGUUUGAGACUAGUCAUGCCACAAAAAAAGAAUGAAAGGGAAUCAGAUCGAUAUGCUCCUAGCCAAAAGGCUUUGUACUAAACAUUAGAUGCU